AUGCAAUACGCUUUGCGGGGAGUUCUGCUGGAGCACGACGCUGAACGGACAUUCCGGGAGCGUGCGGAUGCUUUCGAGGAAAGUGACCAAGUUUUCGUCAACAAAUAUAGGUUGACGAAGGAACUCGUCCGCUGGCUCUGCCACCAGCUUAGGCCCGCGUUACAACCUAGAAGGGCGACAAGGAGGACCUUGACAGUUGCGGAGCAGAUACUGAUUGCCCUUCGCUUUUAUGCCACGGGCAGCUUUCAGGGGAUGGCUACUACUGACCGCGAUCUGUCCGUCUCCCAGAGCACAGUCAGCAGGGUGCUGUUUAGAGUGACGAAUGCCAUUGUGCUUCGCCUUGCACCGCUGUGGAUUAAAUUCCCCCUAAGCUCUGCAGAGGUGCACGCGGCAAUGGCUGGUUUCCAGAGGAAGUGGAAGUUGCCCGGCGUAAUUGGCUGCAUUGACGGCACACUCGUCUGCGUCACUGCUCCCUCCGAAAGCAGUGGGCAAUGUCAGAAGAGCGCGUUCUUCUGCAGAAAGCAGUACUUUGCACUGAACGCGAUGGUCGUAGGUGACAUUGGUUAUCCCUUGGAGCCCUGGCUCUUGACUCCUUUGCCAGGCGAACAGGAGCCGUCGACACCGGAAGCGCGGUACAGCAGUCGACACCGACGUGCACGCAGCACAGUGGAAAGGUGCAUCGGCCUCCUUAAGGCUAGGUUCCGGUGUCUGCAGCGCUACAGGGGUCUACACUACAGCCCCCAUAGGGCAUCCAACAUUGUGGUGGCUUGCGCAGUGCUUCAUGACAUCUGCAUGCACUGGCGCGCGCCCCCCGCUGAUGCCCAAGGUGAAGACGACCUCGAUGACGGCGAGGCGAGCGAGGAUUCCACUAGCCAUCCUGUGCCCCCUCGCGAAACAGACACUUAUGAGGCAGGUGGUGCGGUUCGAGCACAGUUAAUUGAUGACCUGUGGCGAGCGUGGUGCUGCUUUGCCGGUGUAUUUCCAUGCUACUCGAUCGGCCACCAUAGGAACAGCCUGAGUGCUUCGCCGACUGCUAAGGAAACAGGGAGGAUAUAUUCUUGUCUGAAGUUGUCUGUGGCAUACCCCGGAGAAACCGUCGACAUCAAAGCCGUCGUCCGGAUUCGAACACAAGACACCUCCCGCGGUCUCGGCGCGGAAGCUUAG